UUCGUUGUCUCCCACGCUCGAUCAUUGUCAAAGGAUUCAUCUCAAAUUUCAUUCGCUCUCCUUGGUUGUUAAAAAAAUGGCAGGUCGCGGAAAAACUCUCGGAUCCGGUGCGGCGAAGAAAGCCACGUCUCGUAGCAGCAAGGCGGGGCUCCAAUUCCCGGUGGGUCGUAUCGCUCGAUUCCUCAAAGCCGGUAAAUACGCCGAACGUGUCGGAGCUGGUGCUCCGGUUUAUCUCGCCGCCGUCCUCGAGUAUCUAGCCGCCGAGGUACUUGAACUGGCUGGAAACGCAGCAAGAGACAACAAGAAGACACGUAUCGUCCCUCGUCACAUCCAGCUCGCCGUGAGAAACGAUGAGGAGCUAAGCAAGCUUCUUGGAGAUGUGACUAUUGCUAAUGGAGGAGUGAUGCCCAAUAUCCACAAUCUCCUCCUCCCCAAGAAGUCUGGUCCUUCAAAACCUCAGGAAGAUUAGGCCUUUUAACGCAAGAAAUAGGACAAAGUCGAUCUCUGACUCUGUUUUCUCUUUGGCUUUCAUAUAAAAUAACCGUGUACUAGCUAAUAUAGAUCACUUGUGACAAAAAAAAAGAAAAGAAAGAAAGCUAAUAUUAGAUCACAUGUAGUAGUGGCUAUGUUUCUUUAUGUUGCUUGUUGGACAUCUUUGUUUUUAGUUUGUGUAAUAUGAAAAUGUUUUACGAAAA